GCAUCUUAGCUUUUUAUUCCGUCUCUCUCUUAAAUAAAGCAUUUCUACUUGUGUAUAUAUAUAUAUAUAUAAGUUCGUUACGAAAACUUUCUUGCAAUUCAUUCACUCCACUCUAAGGUUGAUACUAUAUACAUUUACUCAAUUUCUUCCAAGUAGGGGGACUGGGAGAGUUGAUUGCUUGGUGAGACAAUUCUGGACAUAGUAAACAUGUUCAUGAAUGGAUAUGGAUUCCAUGGAACAUCAUUUGAGCAAACGUACCGAUGUUACCCUGUAUCUUUUAUUGAUAAGUCGCAGAUAGAAAACGGUGAUAAAAUUAUAAUGCCUCCCUCAGCCCUUGACCGCUUAGCAUCUCUUCAUGUUGAUUAUCCAAUGUUGUUUGAGCUCCGCAACGGUGCUGUUGAACGAAGUUCUCAUUGUGGGGUUUUGGAGUUCAUUGCAGAAGAAGGCAUAAUAUAUAUGCCUUAUUGGAUGAUGGAGAACCUACUCUUGCAAGAAGGAGACAUCGUGCGCGUGAGAAAUGUAACUCUUCCAAAGGGGACAUAUGUUAAAUUGCGACCCCACACGAAGGACUUCUUGGAUAUUUCCAACCCCAAAGCUAUCUUGGAGACAACACUGAGAAACUUUUCCUGCUUAACCACAGGGGAUAGUAUUAUGGUGGCAUACAAUAGUAAAAAAUAUUUCAUAGACAUCAUGGAAACAAAGCCUUCUAAUGCGAUAAGUAUCAUUGAGACAGACUGCGAGGUGGACUUUGCACCUCCCCUUGAUUACAAGCAACCUAAAAACCCUGUUGCAUCUGCUCCUUUAAGCAAAGCACUUGCUGAAGGUCAAGUAGCCCCAGCUGAGAUUGAACAGAAAUUCAACCCAUUCACAGGAGCAGCGAAACGCUUGGAUGGGAAACCUUUGAAGGAUCAGCCUCCGCCGGUUCAUUCCUCUGGGUCCAAAGGCAAGAAACCUGAUGUCACCAAUGGUGGUGGGCAGUCUUCUGCAGUGUCUAGUUCACAAAGGUUGGGUCAUAAGUCUAAGGGAAAGCUCGUCUUUGGCUCAAAUGUGUUCCGUACACAAAAGGAAGCUGCAAAAGAGACUAAACCCGAAAAGAAAGAAGAGCCAAAGUUCCAGCCUUUUAUGGGGAAGAAGUACUCACUCAAGCAGUAAUUGGAUUCACUAUCCAUCAAUGAUCAAUCAAUGCCUUCAACAUUUAUUUUUCCUCCCUUCCCUCUUGGGACAAUUAUUAUAGAAACUUUUAUCAAAUCUGUAUUUGUAUUUAAUAAAAUUAACUAGACACUGCCGAAAUCGAAUACAUCAGCUGCCGUCUGCCUUUACGCGGUGCUGAGAUUACCAAAUGUAAA